CCUUGCCUCUAGUAGUAGGUUGGUUACGUACCUGACCUGCUCCCUAUUCCGACUUGCGUAGCGAAUUGAUCUUCUUCCUUCAUCCCCCACUUCUCCUAGGCUUCAUUCCUAAAUCCGCAGGCACCCCUUGGCCAUCCUCGACGCGGUAGUAGAGAGCUAUACUCCUACCAGCAGCGUCAAGAGGAGAGCAACUCUACAAGCAACAGAGAGAAAAGAGAAGAAAAAAAAUAGCGAAAGCACAAGAAGAGAAGGGGGGAGGAAGCAAUUAUCAAUAUGGCCGCCCCCGAAGUUCAUCAUCUCUUCCACCGCCCCAUCGCCGACCACUCGUUCUCGGCGGACCGCAAGACGCUAGCUGUUGCCAAAGAUUCCACCAUUGAGCUCUACGGCAAGGUCGGCAAUGCUUUCAAGCUCAAGGACGAGUUGAAGGGCCACGACAAAACCAUCACCAGCGUCGACAUCGCUCCCGGGAGCGGUCGAAUCGUCACCUGCUCUCAAGAUCGCAAUGCCCUAGUCUGGGAGCCCUCGCCAACCGGGUAUAAGCCGACGUUGGUGCUUCUCCGGAUUGCCCGAGCUGCCACCUUCGUUCGCUGGUCCCCCUCCGAGAUCAAGUUCGCCGUGGGGUCCGGCGACAGGGUGAUCGCCAUCUGCUACUUCGAAGAGGAGAACGACUGGUGGGUUUCGAAGCAUCUGAAAAAGCCCAUCCGGAGCACUAUCACCACUGUGAAUUGGCACCCCAAUUCUGUUCUGCUCGCCGCUGGCUCUACCGACGCUCACGCGAGAGUCUUCUCGAGCUUCAUUAAGGGCAUCGACGCCCGCCCGGAACCUAGCGUCUGGGGCGAGCGCUUGCCUUUCAACACCGUCUGCGGAGAGUUCCUCAAUAAUUCGGCCGGGUGGGUCCACUCUGUCGCCUUCUCCCCCAGUGGCGAUGCCCUCGCUUUCGCUGCGCAUGACAGCAGCAUCACCAUCGUCUAUCCCACCGCGCCGGAACAACCCCCGAGGGCAGUCAUUAGCGUCAACACCCAGCUUCUACCGUUUAUGAGCCUGAUAUGGAACGGCGAGAACGAGAUUAUCGCCGCCGGGCACGAUUGCGAAGCGUUCCGGUUCAGAGGCGACCCGUCUGGAUGGCAGCUCAGUGGCACGCUAGAAUCCAAAGGAAUAUCUGACGACGGGGAUGCUCGAGAAGAGUCUGCGCUGAAUAUGUUCCGGCAGAUGGACCUGAAAGGCAAGAUCAAAGACGACACGCAACUAAAGACCGUCCAUCAGAAUACCAUCUCGACGCUGCGCGUCUACGAAUCCAGCGGCGGAUCCGUGACCAAGUUCAGUACAAGCGGCGUCGAUGGUAGGGUGGUUAUAUGGCAUACCUAGGUCCAGCUAGAGUCACAAAGAGAGCAUGUCAAAAUGUCUCACGACUUCUGUGGCUCUAUAUUUGUUUUACGCGUAGUAUCCGGUCUUUCAUGUUCCCGCACCUGCUCGAAGUAGCCGUCUAGCUAAUCUCUACCGCUGUAUAAGACGCUGGAAAUGCAUGGACAGCCUUAAUAAAUCUCCUCCAUUUGUCUUUUUCUAUAAAUAAACGAACUUCACAUCCAGGCUUUCUAACCU